UCUCUCUCUCUCUCUGUUGUUUGGUGCUGUCUCUGUAGCAGCUCCACAAAAGCCAACACCAAGACCCCUUCCUUCUUCCUACCACCACCCCGCUCCUUAAUUCCUUCUCCCAGCACAACCUGAGUUGUAAUUAUUAUACUACAAGUACUCAUCAGUAUUAUUCACCUCUCUCUUUCGAUCUCUCUCGUUUAUUGUUUGUUCCCCCAUCUGCUGGUUGCUGUUGAUCUCUUCUUCUCCCCUCUGCCGCUCGCUCGGCGGCUAUAUAUACGUCCAAUCUAAUCCCCAUCCCAUUCCAUUCCGUCUCCAUCGCCUGAUCAAACCACCAGACCAGACCAGAGGUAGUAGGGGAAAAGGAGCAAGUUUUUCUGGCUCUUCUUCUUGUUCCAUAGCUGUUCUUCACCAAGAUCGCCUCGCGCGUCACCCAUGUUGGGAUUCUGCGCGCCCGCGGCCGGUCCACCUCCCGACGAGGCGACGCCGGAGCCGUUCCGUUCGCUGCAGAUCGCUACCUGCACGGCCGCCGCCGCCGCCACGACAAAGAAGAAGCGCCGGCCCGCCGGCACACCAGACCCGGACGCGGAGGUGGUGUCGCUGUCGCCGCGGACGCUGCUGGAGUCGGACCGGUACGUGUGCGAGAUCUGCGGGCAGGGGUUCCAGCGCGACCAGAACCUGCAGAUGCACCGGCGGCGGCACAAGGUGCCGUGGAAGCUGCUGAAGCGGGAGGCCGGGGAGGCGGCGCGGAAGCGGGUGUUCGUGUGCCCGGAGCCCAGCUGCCUGCACCACGACCCUUCCCACGCGCUGGGCGACCUCGUCGGCAUCAAGAAGCACUUCCGCCGCAAGCACAGCGGCCAGCGCCAGUGGGCCUGCGCCCGCUGCUCCAAGGCCUACGCCGUCCACUCCGACUACAAGGCCCACCUCAAGACCUGCGGCACCCGCGGCCACUCCUGCGACUGCGGCCGCGUCUUCUCCCGGGUGGAGAGCUUCAUAGAGCACCAAGACACCUGCAACGCCGGGAGGGCACGGGCAGACGCCGCAUCGCCGGCGUGUGGCGCCGGUGUGGCAGCUGCUGCUAGUGCGGGGUCGCAGCAGCAGGCGCCGCCGGCCAUGUCACUGUCGAGGACGGCGUCGAGCACCAGGACCAGCCCGUCCAGCGACAUUGCCAUCAGCCCGGUGGCAUGGCCCGGUUCGGCACCGGCGAUUCCAAGCCCUACGACCGCGGCGUUCCACCGGUUCGAACAAGUCCCGUCGCCUCGGACGCCGCCAUCGGACCACCGCCGCGGCGGGCAUCACAACCUCGAGCUCCAGCUCAUGCCGCCGUCCUGCGGCGGCGCGCCACGCACUCCGGCCGCCGUUCCUCCACAGAGCCACCACGCCGCCGCCAUGCAGCUGCAGCUGUCCAUCGGCGUCUGCGGCGGCGGGAUCGGGGACGACGCGGGGGAGCGCGGCGGCGAGGUGGUGAUGCUGGCCGCAGCAGCGAGGGAGAAGGAGGAGGAGGCGCGGGAGCAGCUGCGUCAGGCGGUGGCGGAGAAGGCGGCGGCGGACGAGGCCCGCGCGCAGGCGAAGCGGCACGCGGAGCUGGCCGAGCAGGAGCUGGCGAGCGCCAAGCGGAUGCGGCGGCAGGCGCAGGUGGAGCUGAGCCGCGCCCACGCGCUCCGGGAGCACGCCGUGCGCCAGGUGAACGCGACGCUCCUCCAGAUCACCUGCCUCGGCUGCCGCCACAAGUUCCGCGCGCGGGCGCCGCAGCUGAUGAUGGACGCCGCCGUGGCGGGCCCCGAGGUGGCCUGCAGCUACAUGUCCUCCGUCGUGACAGCAGAGGGCGGCGACGCCGAGGUCGUCGACGACGAGCCGCCGCCCCUCGACGGCGCGGACGCCAUGCUACAGCGGCGGCGCCAACAACACGCCAUGGCCAUGGACGUCGUCCUCUAGCUAGCUAGCCUGAAAUCAGAUGGAUGAUCUUCGUUCUCGUUGCAAUAGUUUCUUGUUUUUUGCCAACGAGAGACACGCCAGGGUUGCAUUGGCGCCUGCAUCAUUAUGAGGCGUGUGAUGUAAUCAGAUGCUGAUGCCUGCUGAUGCACAGUGGAAGAUCAUAUCGCUAGCUCGAUCGAUCCAGUGCUGCCUGGUGUUCUAGUCCUGUGAGGAUCGGAGUGGUAGCCAUUAGGCAAAUCCAAGGAGAGACGUACGAAGACGAGGGCUAGCUGCUAGCUUACUGUGACGUGCAUGGAAUCUUUCGGUGUUUGCUUCCCAUUGGAUCUUGCUGGAAAAACAUUAUAUUGCUCAUGGAAAGCAAGUUGAUGAUGCCCUUUGUAAAGGUCCAUCAGGCAUUCAGUA